UGUAUCCGCAACACACAUUAUACAGUUUAAAUUCACAUGCCAUAAUUGAAUGCAAUGAAGGUUUUCUACCACAAAUACAACAUAUUACAUGUAUGCAUGGAGGGCACUGGAAUCGCUAUGAGCAAUGCAUACAAGUGUUAUGUGAUUAUCCAGGACGACCAAACAAUGGAUAUUACAUUUCAAAUUCAACUGGCAGUAUACUUGAAUUCUGCAUCUCUACCGUUUGGUAGUACAAUAACAGGAAGGUGUUACGAGGGAUAUGAAGGCAAUGAUAAUGAUAAAAGAGUUUGUCAAAGUAACAAGACAUGGAGUGGGAUACCAUUAACAUGCACGAAAAAAGGAUGCCCUUUCCCAGGAGAUCUCACAGACGGUUUAUAUCUUUUUAAUAAUGGAAGCCUGUAUAUGUCCGGUAAUUCAUUUUAUAACACAACAAUAGAAGUGAAGUGUAAUAAAGGAUAUGUAGUACAUGGAAGUAAAAUUCUUAGAUGUAGUUCAAACAAAACAUGGAGCAAAGUAUCUACAUGCCAGAAUGUGACAUGCAAUCUUCCCGAAAGACCUGUAAACAAAAGAUUAGCUGUAUGCAUUUCAAGAGAAGCAACAGCUGAAGCAAGCCAAGCGGGUCUUAUCGGUGGUAUAACUGCCCCUCUUGUGUGCCUACUCUUGGUUUCUUUAGUGGUUGUUUUCUUUAUCCGUCGCAGGCGGCAGAGUCGUCAGAACAAAGGAGAAAAACAUAAACGGCAGGCAAACUUAACGAAACGUGACAACGAUUCAAACAGAAUUAUGAGAGGCCAGAGUGAUGGAGAUUAUGCUGAGAUUACGGAGGCACGUCCGCCAUAUUCAUCCGGUAUAAAACUUCUAAUAAGUCUUCGGAGGCCUUCCUGGCCGUAUGGUUAA